AUGUAUUCCUACAUUAAAAGCUACAGGAGAAGACUGACACCUCCUGCGCAUUUGCUUCCCAGAAUUCUGUUGAAGAACCAGAAUCUGGAAAUCGAGCUGAUCAACAUCAGCGAAGAUGAUUUCUACCCAAACAGGUUUUGGGCUCAGUUGGAAACGGAUAUUAUUAAAGGUGUGGAACAGGAGAUAGAACCAUACGAUGAUGUUUCUUUUGAAUUGUUAAAUCCCUCACGAGUGCGCUAUUACUUCAUUCUGGACUCUCCUCCGAUUGAUAUUGGAGAAUAUUUAAUAGGAGAUAUUAUACAAAUCCAUAUAGCACCCUAUGUUGCUACUUCAAAGAGAACAUUUGUUAGAUGGUUCAAAGAGCCUUUGAAACUGUCACAGUUUUGGGAAAAUAUAACUGUUUUAGCUGAAGGAACAGAGGGCAUCUUAAUCAAUGGAUUAAGGGAUGAGGAAUUUGGCCAUAUUCGUGCUGUUGUUUAUGACUUUACUAAUGAAAUCCCUGGGAGUGUGGCUGUAGCACAAAGACUAUUUGACAUCAGGAAAGAUAUAACGAAGACCUGCACUGGCAGGAUCAGGAGCACUCACAGCUGUAAAUGUAAUGCUGGAUUUGAAGGAAAUGGUGUUCAUUGCAUUGAUAUGGAUGAAUGUAAACAGGGAAUGCCUUUCUACUGCCUCCCAAGAGCAGCAUGUGUUAACACACACGGAUCCUACAAAUGCCAGUGUUUUGAAGGAUACGAUGGAGAUGGCGUAUAUUCAUGUAUAGAUGUUGAUGAAUGUGUAUUGCAGCAAGACAUCUGCAACCAUGGUGCACUCUGUGUGAAUACCCUGGGAUCGUUUAUAUGUGUUUGUCAAAGUGGCUAUUUUGGUGAUGGGAAUCAAUGCAUAGCCACCAGCAUUUGGAGUCCCUGGUCUCCGUGGUCGCUCUGCACUGCUACGUGUGGGAUGCAGAACAAGAUGCGGAUUCGGGUGUGCACACACCCUGAGAGUGGGAUGCGAUGUGAGGGCCCCUCAGCAGAGCUGACACCCUGUGAAGAACGCAAUCCGUGCCCAGUUGAUGGAGAAUGGUCGGAAUGGUCCCCCUGGUCAACCUGCACUACCUCCUGCCUUGGGAUCAAGACAAGAGUUCGCAUCUGUGACAACCCUGCACCAGCCUACGGUGGGUUACAAUGCAGUGGAUCUACAGAGCAGGGCACAGCAUGUGGAAACAGUGACUGUCCAGUUAUUGGGAUUUGGUCACCAUGGGCACCAUGGACAAUCUGUUCUGUCAGCUGUGGCAUGAGCAUGGUGAGACGUUCCCGUGUUUGCAACGAGCUAUUUCCCGGGAAUGGCAUGGCUGAUUGCGUUGGCAGUAAUCAGGAGGAAAGAUCCUGUGGCUUUCCGGUUGAUUAUUGUAAGUAUCUGUCUCAACCUCCAAGCUCUAUCAGAACAGGAAGAUGGAUCUAAAAGUGUGUUUAUUCUCAAAGCUAUGCUGAGAUGCUCAUCUGUCAGCAUUUCCCAUACCACGAGUGUGGAGCAUAGAGCUGGGCUCCAGCACACCUCCACCAGGCUGGUCUUUUUGUAUAUGUAUGUAUCCUUGUUUAUAUGUUAAAUGCACUCAGUCUUAAACUGAUUGCACCUUGAAGCAUACAGACUUCUCUAUACAUAUUCUGAUUCUGAUUAUUAUUGAAUAAAGCAGUG